GGUGGCACCGUUAUCACCGAAUCACGCCCCUCGGAGGCAGCAAACCACUUUCGCGACUGGUCGAUACCGGGAAAAGCGCUGUGUGUUGCGUUGCCCCCAAGUUCGCGUGUUCCUGCGCCUGCGCCCAUGCAAUGAUGAUGCUUCUGCCGUCGACGUUGUGAAUGCUUUGAUGAGCCUCGUUCACUAGUUGAUCGCGCAGUGGGAGGGCGCGAGUGCGGUGUUUCGAGCGCGGGCGGCUAGUGUGGAAACAUAUGGCUCUGCUGUGAGCCAACAAUCCGGACCUCCUCGUGUCUCGUGACUCGUUCGUACACAACUACAGCGAGGAUCCGCCAACUUUAACAUCGAGUAUUACUGCUGGGACAGGUUUCACACUCGACAAUGUCGCUGCUCACCAAAGAUGAAGAGACUACGAGCGAAACGCUGCUGUCGAAGAAACGCCGCACUUUUAGAGGGAUAUACGAUGCCGUGCAGACCCGCCAUGUGCUGGCACUUAUGGGAUUCUUGGGCUUUGUCAAUGUGUAUGCACUGAGGGUGAACUUGAGUGUUGCCCUGGUUGCCAUGGUUAACCACACAGCCAUUGCUGCCAACAGUACGCCUUCGUCGGGAGAGGAAUGCAAGGCAGAGUUUGCAAAUAGCACCACGGAGAAAGUCCAGGAUGGAAAGUUUAUAUGGAAUGAAUAUGAGCAAGGCAUCAUAUUGGGCGCCUUCUUCUACGGCUACGUCGUCACCCAGAUUCCCGGAGGGCGUCUGGCCGAGCGGGUCGGCGCCAAAUGGCUCUACGGUGUUGGUGUACUUGUUACUGCCCUGCUUACGCUUCUUACGCCAGCUGCAGCCUCUUGGAGCAUCUAUGCCUUCAUCACCAUCCGAGUCAUGAUGGGCCUUGGAGAGGGAGUGACCUUCCCCGCGAUGCAUGCCAUGAUAGCUCGGUGGUUGCCGAAGGACGAACGCAGCCUGUUGUCUACGAUCAUCUACUCGGGUGGUCAGAUUGGCACUGUGGUGGCCAUGCCGAUAUCUGGGUUGCUGUGCGACUCAGCAUUCCUUGGAGGCUGGCCUGCUGCUUUCUACGUCUUUGGCCUGGUUGGUGUUGUGUGGUUUGUGUUCUGGGCCCUUCUUGCGUACAACAGCCCACAGGAGCACCCACGCAUCAGCGAUGAAGAGCGUAUCUACAUUGAAACCAACCAAGGUGAAGAGCAGACUCGGGAGAAGUUGCCCAUCCCGUGGCGGGCGGUGCUGACCUCAGUUCCUUUCUGGGCUCUGAUGGUGACUCACUUUGGCCAGAACUGGGGCUUCUACACACUUCUCACCGAGAUGCCCAGUUAUCUCAAGAACAUCUUGCACUUUGACAUCAAGAAGAAUGGGUACCUCUCGGCACUGCCCUACCUCCUCGGGACGUUCUCCAGCUGGGGAGCUGGAUAUCUGGCCGACCAUGUGCGGCGAAAAGACCUCUUCACAACCAGCAUCAUUAGAAAGUUCUUCAAUUCUAUUUCAUUCUUCGGAACAGCCAUCUGCCUGUUUGUUGUGACUUUUGCGGGCUGCAACGGAUUCCUCAACGUCAUUCUUCUGACCAUUGGCAUGGGCCUCAACGCAUUCUGUUUCUCGGGCUACAUGGUGACCCACGUCGACAUGUCACCAGACUUUGCAGGUACCUUGAUGGGGAUGACAAAUGCCUUUGCCAACUUGGCUGGAUUUCUGGCACCUCUUGCAGUUGGGAGUUUGACAAACAACAAUGAGACGAUCGCACAGUGGAGCAUCGUGUUCUACAUCGCUGCCGGUGUGUACGUUGUCACGGGUGUCAUCUUCGUGCUCUGCGGCUCGGCUGAGCUUCAGCCCUGGGGGCUGUACGCCCAAACCUGCGGCGGCAACUUUGCGGGGCCCCUGGGAACUCUGGGAACAGGAAACCUGUCGGCUGACACCCCAUAUCAGGCAACGCAUGAUGACGGCACGCCCGAGAGUCCAAAGUCUGACGAUGCUUUUCCUACGGAAGCAUAUUGAUGCGCUCGAUCACUGCAUCCGCAAUGAUUGUGUCCGCCUCCGGCUCACCAUAACUUGGCAAACAGGAAAGGCUACAGCCCUGAACCUACCGGCUCACAGCUACGGCAUUGCACUGCUAUGCUCGAGGACGCGGGUUCGAUUCACGGCCAUGGUGGCCGCAUUUUGACAGAGGUGAAAUGCAAAAAUCCCCGUGUACUUAGAUUUAGGUGAAUGUUAAAAGGCUUCAGGCAGUCAAAAUUAAUCCAGAGUCCCCCCACAGUGCGCCUCAAAUCAUGUUGGGGUUUCAGCAUGUAAAACCCCAGAAUGUGGUUAAGAUUUAAUCCUGGAACCUUGUUAUGUAGGCAGGACGCGGGUAUUCAGGUUAGAAUGCAGCUCACAAAAACAAGUAUUUUUAAAGAGCAAGCGUGCAUUCAUGGACAGGAUCUUGCAUUUAGCCGCCCUCAAAUGGAUGUGCCUCUUAGAGGUGCUUCACAUAAUAUAACCUGGGUGAGAUUGCUAUAGGGAACUAACAUGAUAUACAAAGAUACUGAAAUUUAGCAUACAUUUACCCGACUGAAGGGACAGCUGCUAAACACUGUGUGGAUGCUUAUAGCCAUAGAUAUUUACACCUUGCUGAUGUCCACUUUGGUUGUGCAGUGUUAAAUGUAGCUACUUCAGAAGCACUUUUUCAACAGUGAAUGUUAAAAAUGCUCAAGCAUUUAAUGUGCUGCCUUGUGCUGCAGCAUCUCCCAUAGCCAGAGGAUUGAUUUGGACCACCCGAUUUGAUCGAUCAGUCAUUCGCUGAUGCUUGACUAUUUUGCCAAGUCAUGUUGAGUCAAGAGCAUGAACAGGUUCCAAAAUGCAAGUGCACCCCCAUGUGGUCAUACUUGAUUGAAACCAACAGGCUUGCAGACGAAAAAUAUCUUAAUAUAUUACACAGUCUGGCUAUGAGGCACUUAACAAACUUCUGUGAUGUGUUUGUUGCAUUUGAAUUUGUGUUUGCUAGUGGAAAAAAAAAGGCUAGGAAGGAAUGCUAUUUAUUUGAAGCAAAACCACGCUUAGCCUGCUACAAGUGAUUGAUCAAACU